AAAAGCCAUCUCACUUAAACGUCAGGAUUUUCCAACAAGCUGGAAAGAUGGCUGAAAGUUUGCACAGCGGUUCCCUCAGGCGUAUUCGCAGUUUCAUACCGAUCGAGUUCAAAAAAGAACUGAAAGAUGUGUCAACUCUGGCAUUGCCUGUGUUUUUGUCCUACGUUAUGGUCUACUUGAUCAGUUUUGUCAGCGUUGUAUUUUGUGGACAUCUAGGAAGGACAAGCCUGGACGGAGUGACACUAGCUACAGCAAUUAUUAACGUGUCAGCUGUUUCCGUAGGAUAUGGAUUGGCUACAGCCGGUGCCACAUUAAUAUCUCAAGCGUUUGGAAGUGGGAACCUUAAGCGAGUUGGUGUAAUUCUGCAGAGGAUGUUUCUCAUCUUAAUGUUGGCCUGCUUCCCUUGCUGGGCCAUUUUAAUAAACACAGAGUCAUUACUGAUUGCUGUUAAACAGAACCCUGAGGUUGCCAGACUAUCUCAGCUAUAUGUGAAGAUUUACAUGGCUGCUCUUCCAGGAUUGUUUAUGUAUAUAGCUGAGGCAACAUAUCUGCAAAAUCAAGGUAUCAUGUGGCCAUUGGUCAUCUCUGGAGCUUUAGGCAAUGUGAUCAAUGCCUUGUGCAACUAUAUUUUCCUAUUUGUUUUGGAUCUUGGCAUUGCUGGAUCGGCAGCAGCCAAUGUUGCCUCAGAUUACGCUAUGGCUAUUAUACUGUUUGUCUACAUUGUGUAUAAAGGUCUUCAUAAGGACACCUGGCAUGGCUUCUCAAUGGAUUGUCUACAGGAAUGGGGUGAAUUUAUGCGGCUGGGCAUUCCAGGCAUGCUAAUGCUGUGUGCAGAGUGGUGGACCUAUGAGCUGGGUGCAUUUUUGGCAGGUUUGAUAAGUGAUGUGGAGCUGGGAGCCCAGUCAGUUACUUUUGCACUGGCAAAUAUUGCAUAUAUGUUUCCUGCAGGCUUUAGUGUGGCAGGCGGUGUGAGAGUGGGAAAUGCUCUGGGUGCUGGAAACACUGAACAAGCCAAGCUGUCUGCCAAGAUCGCUAUAGCCUGCGCAGUCUGCGUCUCAGUGUGCUUGGCAGUUAUCAUUGGCAGUAGCAAAGAUGUCAUUUCUUACAUCUUCUCAAAUGAUGAGCGGAUCAGAGAGCGAGUCAGCAGUGUAAUGGUGCUCUAUGCCCCUUUCCAUCUCUUUGAUGCAGCAGCAGCAGCUGGUUCGAAUAUUGUCCGAGCCCUAGGAAAGCAGGUGUAUGGGGCAGCUGGGAGCCUGGUUGGAUAUUAUGGCAUAGGCUUUCCUAUUGGAGUAUCUCUGAUGUUUGCUGCUAAAAUGGGCAUAUUUGGUACAAACACAACUUUUUCUGUAACCCACUCUCUCUUCUUGUAUAAGUUCUUGCUUCAUGCUUUAUGCUUCUCCUGUCUCAUAGGUCUUUGGAGUGGCCUGUUGAUUUGUGUGUUCCUGCAGUCCGUUUUCUUUAAUGUUUUCCUAAUAAAGCUAAACUGGGUGAAAGCCACAGAGGAGGCACAGAUAAGAGCUGGAAUUCAAUUGGACUGCACAGAUAAUGAUACAGUAGAGCAGGCUAACAACAUGGAUGUGACUGAUGAAGGUUCUAAUACUGACACUGAGAGGCUGGCGGAGAAUAUGACCAACUUGUCCACGAAGGAUCCAUUACCUUUAGGGGUCUUGGUUGCCUGCAGAAGCCUGACUCUAUUGGCUAUGUUCAUUAUUCUGGGUCUAGGGAUUGCCUUAAGUGUGAUUGUGAAGAGGUAG